AGUCAACAGCCCAAGCAAGCGGCUCCGCUGGUUGGAACACACCACAGCCCAGCCUAGCUCUCUGACACGGCGGACAAAACCAGUGACCGGCCUCACCAAAGCGACUCAUCACAGAUCGCGCCCAGGACAAAAGUUUGCCAUUCACACCCCAGAUUGAGAACCGAAGGGAGGAGAGGAGCACUCGUCAGAAGAGAAGAUGGCUGCCGACCCAGUGGUGCCUAUUGCGGCCCCGCUGUCAAGAUGGCACUACCUAGAUAGAAUCAGAACGACCCCCGGCCCCUUCACGGACGAGGAGUCCUUCAGUCCAGAAAAUGCAAUCGCUAGCAUGGACAAGAUGUCCGUAUUGGUCAUCGGUGCCGGUGGCCUGGGAUGCGAGAUCCUGAAGAACUUGGCGUUGUCUGGAUUCAAGAACAUUCACGUCAUCGAUAUGGACACGAUAGAUAUCUCUAACCUGAACCGACAGUUCCUGUUCCGCAAGGAGGACGUGGGCAAGUUCAAGGCCGAGGUGGCCGCCCGGUUCGUGCAGCGGCGGGUCAAGGGCGUCAAGAUCACGCCGCACAACAAGCGCAUCCAGGAGUACGACGACGACUUCUACAUGCAGUUUCAGCUCGUCGUGUGCGGGCUGGACAGCAUUGAGGCGCGGCGCUGGAUCAACGCUAAGCUGUGCGACAUGGUGGACAUGGACAACUUCGACUCUCUCAAGCCACUCAUCGACGGCGGCACCGAGGGCUUCAAGGGCCAAGCGCGCGUCAUCUUCCCCACCGUCACGUCGUGCAUCGAGUGCCAGCUCGACAUGCACGCGCCGCGCGCGGCCGUGCCGCUCUGCACCAUCGCGUCGAUCCCGCGGCAGCCCGAGCACUGCGUUGAGUGGGCGCACGUAAUCGCCUGGGACAGGGAGAAGCCGUUCCCGAGCCUGGACAAGGACGACCCGGAGCACAUCACGUGGCUAUACGAGAAGGCGCUCGGGCGGGCGCUCGAGUUUGGCAUCCCGGGAAUCACGUACGCCCUGACGCAGGGCGUGGUCAAGAACAUCAUACCCGCCAUCGCGUCGACCAACGCCAUAAUCGCGGCGAGCUGCUGCAACGAGGCCUUCAAGAUCGCGACGAACGCGGCGCCCUCGCUCGGGGCCGAGGAGAACUACAUGAUGUACUCGGGCGACGACGGCGUCUACACGUACACGUUCAAGCACGAGCGCAAGGAGGACUGCCCCGUGUGCGGCAACGAGGCCCGCCCGCUGCGCGUCGACGCCCGCUGGACCCUCUCGGAGCUGGUCGACCACCUCGCCGUCCAGCCCGCGGCCCAGCUCAAGCGGCCCAGCAUUCGUGCCGAGGGCAAGUCCCUGUACGUCCAGCUCACCCCGGACCUCGAGGAGGCCACGAGGCCGAACCUGGACAAGACACUAGCGGAGCUGGGCCUCGUGAGUGGGCAGGAGAUUGCCGUGACGGACCCGGCCUUUAUGAGCAUCGUGUUCCGAUUCAUCCUACGGUUUACAGAGGGAUAGAAGUUGGCUCGUGUCUAUCGGGACGCUGGCUGGGUGUUUGAUAGGCUUGCUUGCUUUUCGUCGUCACGGAGUCUGUCAGUUGGUUUUGGCUCGCCAUGGACAGACAAAAUCACGGAAAAUGCGCUGCAUCAAUCGGUCUUUAGAUCCAAAGAAUCGUCAAAUGUUGAUAUUUUGCCUGCCAAACCUUUUACCUAACCUGGACGCCGUUUCAUAAAAGCAUACAGAGUGCGGAAUGUGGUGAUGCGAAUGAUGUGCAUACCGCAGUGGGCGGGGUGAUGUGCCUCUAGACACAAGUACAAGACGAUAUAGACGUCUAUAAACAUUCGGGAG